AUGGCCCAUCCCCAUCUCGUGAAGCAUAAGCUUCUGAAACUGAAGAAGAUGGGAAUCGAUUGGAAUGUGUCGGUGAAGCGAGAACGUGUCAGGAAAACAACACCGAAUCCCGCCAUGACUUCUUAUGAGUCACAUGCUGUUGCAACUAAUGGAGCAAGAGCACUGAAAGUGAAUAAGAAGACAGAAGUCAACAAAGUCACUCUCCUCCCGCCGAACGAUAUGCUUUUCGAUACGUCUUCGGGGGACGUUAGAGAUAACAAUCAGGUGACCAAGAGCCAAAGAAGGAAGGGAGUUCACAAGUCGGAGCCAGUCAAGGACACGUAUCCAGCAACUCCUCCCAAGCGUAGAAAGCUCCUAGAGCAAGAUCCCGCCGAUGAGAAAUCAGAUUCAAGUGAACUGAUUAUUUCAUCAGCUGCCAUUGGUUCAUCAUCAGUCGUUCAAGCUUAUGCUUGUCUAGAAGACGUCCCGCCGUUCUGUGUCCAAAACAACGAGCUCUCAUCCCACAUCUCACAUCUCAUUCGUUCAAUGGAUAGUGCGAUCAACAUCGCGAAAGCCAACCUCAACGAUCUUCGAGGUGUAGCCGAUCUGUCUCAGAAAGGCACUAACGAAGAACAAGAGAUGGUCAGGUUGGAAAAUAUCGACCGCAUGGAUCGAGUACACAGGAAACUUCGACAAUUGACGUCUAUAUAUGACAUCUCCGUCGGGAGAAUCCUAAACUAUGUGACACGUGAUCGUAAUCCCGCCGAGUUGGAGAGUGACACGCAGUCCAAGGAAGAAGGGAAUCAUACUCCGGUAACACCUCCUACAAGCAGAGGACGCGUUCCAUGCGAGCAGGACAAUCCCUCUAUAUACGAGUACUCCCGCCGCUCUACCGCCGUCUCUCAAAAGACCAGCCAAUAA